UGGCCUCCCACUUGGGAAGGCACCUCUCCUGGAGUGGGAGUCCCGUUGUCCUCUGGAAGAAUCGUCUCCCUGCUCUGGAACGGCUAGGCCACACGUGCCCCGGCUGUUUGUGUACAGGUGAGGAUGGCCCUGAAGCCUAGACCAGUUUGAAACUACAAACUCUCAGUUCUUGAAAGGCAGCGUGAAGCAGCUGCCCCUGCCGAGGACUGGACAGAGUAGGAGGCUUGAAGCCAGGCUGGCAGAGAGAAGGAUCCAGCAUGACCCUUACCUUCUCUGACAGAGGUUUCCUGGAGUGGAGAGUGGGUGCGUGAUGGCAACACCUGGCUUGCAGGGCUGCUGGGACGGUUCUUCCAAACAUGACUUAAGGAGUUUUCCAAUUUUCAACUGAGGACUUGAAAUUUCAUCUUAGACGUUAUUUAUAACAAGAAACGAGUUGGAAAUAAUCCAGAUAUUCAUAAAGGGAGUAGAGACCUUGAACACUGCUGAUGGAUAUAAAAAUGGACAACUUUACUACACCCUCUGCAGCUCCUCUGGAGAGCGACUGUGACCUCUACGCCCACUACCGCACAGCCAGGAUCCUCAUGCCUCUGCAUUACAGCAUCGUCUUCAUAAUUGGGCUCGUGGGAAACCUGUUGGCCUUGACAGUCAUUAUUCAAAACAGGAAAAAAAUCAACUCUACCACUCUAUAUUCAACCAAUUUGGUGAUUUCAGACAUACUGUUCACCACCGCUCUGCCUACACGGAUAGCCUACUACGCACUGGGUUUUGACUGGAGAAUCGGCGAGGCCUUGUGUAGGAUAACUGCUCUCGUGUUUUACAUCAACACGUACGCAGGCGUGAACUUCAUGACCUGCCUGAGCAUUGACCGGUUCUUUGCCGUGGUGCACCCGCUGCGGUACAACAAGAUGAAAAGAAUUGAACAUGCAAAAUGCAUUUGCAUAUUUGUCUGGAUUCUCGUAUUUGCUCAAACACUCCCACUGCUCAUAAAACCUAUGUCAAAGAAGGAGGCUGAAAGGAAUACGUGCAUGGAAUAUCCAAACUUUGAAGAAACCAAAUCUCUUCCCUGGAUUCUGCUUGGUGCAUGUUUCAUAGGAUAUGUACUUCCGCUGGUAAUCAUUCUUAUCUGCUAUUCUCAAAUUUGUUGCAAGCUCUUUAAAACUGCCAAACAGAACCCAUUAAGUGAGAAAUCUGGUGUAAACAAAAAGGCUCUCAACACAAUUAUUUUUAUAAUUGUUGUGUUUGUUGUCUGUUUCACACCUUAUCAUAUUGCAAUUAUUCAACACAUGAUUAAGAAGCUUCGUUUUCCUGAUCUCCUGGAAUGUAGCCAAAGAUAUUCAUUCCAGAUAUCUCUGCACUUCACAGUAUGCCUGAUGAACUUCAAUUGCUGCAUGGACCCUUUUAUAUAUUUCUUUGCAUGUAAAGGGUACAAGAGAAAGGUCAUGAAGAUGCUGAAACGUCAAGUCAGUGUAUCAAUUUCCAGUGCCGUGAAGUCAGCCCCUGAAGAAAACUCACGUGAAAUGACGGAAACUCAAAUGAUGAUACAUUCCAAGUCUUUAAAUGGAAAGUAAAAAGGAAUUAAAUCUUGCAUUUAUAGCAAAGUAAACUGUAUGACAAACUUUGCAGGACUUUUCUUAUAAAUCAAAAUGAUUGUUUAACUUCUAAUUAGGAUUCUUUUAAAUUCCUUUCAUUGGGCACUAUAUUUCUCACCUCCAACUUGGAAGUAAAUUGAUAUAUAUGCAUUUUUUUACACUCGAGAACAACAUUAAGCAAAGUUCUAAUUUGUAAAUGAAAUACUACACCAAAAGGGAGCAUAUUUUAAUAACUCACAGUGUAGAAAGAAAAGUUUUGUGUUAAUGAAAAAUUUAAUCAUUAAUAUUUCCUGCCAAUAAUUUGGCAAAAGAAAAAAAGACUGUUAAAAUUGUAUAUUGCCAGUGUAGAAAUGUUAAUAUUGUAACAUAUUUCUUUUCUUUUUUUUUGAUAACAUAUUUCUU